AUGAGCUCGGGACCUGAGCCCCGGACAGCCCGGACACCCUUCAGCAUCGCAGACAUCCUAGGCCUACACGUGGUUCCCCGAGGACCCCCUGCAUCGCAGCUUCCAGAGUGGAGCCCAGGUCCCAUGUCGCCGCUGUGCGCGUUGGAGGAGCUGACUAGUAAAGCUUUCCGCGGACUUGACCGGCACGCUCCGCAGCCCUCUGAAGGCCACGUGGCCCCGGGCGCUCUGGGCCCCGGCCCGGCUGGCCGCAGACGGCGAAAGUCACGCACAGCGUUCACUGCGCAGCAGGUGCUGGAGCUGGAGCGCCGCUUCGUCUUCCAGAAGUACCUGGCACCAUCCGAGCGAGACGGGUUGGCAGCGAGGCUCGGCCUGGCCAACGCGCAGGUCGUCACCUGGUUCCAGAACCGGCGCGCCAAGCUCAAGCGGGACGUGGAGGAGAUGCGCGCGGACGUGGCCUCGCUGCAUGCGCUGUCCCGCGAAGUCCAAGUCUGUCUCGCGCUGCCCGACGGCGCCCCGGGCCUCGGCCCCACACUGCCUGACUCCGGGGCCAACCUGUCAGACGAGGAGAUACAGGUGGACAAUUGA